AUGUUGCUUAGCCGCCGCAGCGCCACGAAAGCAGUCCGUGGGCUGAUUGUGGCUGCAAGACCCAAAGCCACAUUGGCCACAACGCACCAGGACAUUCCGACGUUGCCACCACGGGUCUUCGACUACCCAGGCAAGACUGGAGCUUCGCGCAGCAACUGGGAAGACUGGAUGGUCAACUUGCGCGGCGAGGAUGCCUGGCUGGCCGGUCCUCGUGACCUCUCCUGGUACACCGGCCAACCGCCUAUGCCAGGGCUAUGCCCCGGAGUGUCGCUGGAUGGGGCCAUUCGGGCAUUGCCCAUGCCCGAUCUGAACAAGCUUACCCG